AUGAGCAACGAGAGGCCGGUGAACCCUGGUUCAUCUCCACUGACUGAAGGCCUGAAGAGAAAGAGAGGAAGACCAAAGAAGCAGACACAGGAGGAGGCUGGGGGACAAUUGCUGGUGAAGAAACCACGAGGAAGGCCAAAAGGAAGCAAGAAAGUGAGCACUGUAAUUGGACAAAUGGUAGGACCUCCUGCUGGAAAAAGGCCAAGAGGGAGGCCCCGCAAGUGGCCCCAGCUAGCAAUCCAAGAAGGAACGUCUGAGGAAGGAAGUCCUCAGGGAAGCAGUGACUUGAAUUUGAACUCAGCGCCUGCCACACAAGGCAUCACUGGAAAAGACGGUUCCAGGCCCAGCAAAACUACUGGUCUUAGGAAGUCUCUGAGUAACAUCCCUGCCACAGCUCAGUAGUAUGCCACCUGCUCAUGUCUUGCUGAAGCCAGAGGACUGGAAAGCAAAUAGCAUUCUUAUUGUUAUAUUUUGAAUUCUCCUUUUGUGAUAAUCUUGCCCAAUCUUUCUCUCCUGCUGUCUGCUGGCUUACCCCAGCCAUCCAAGCAGGGACUUAAAGGACAAAAAGAAAAAUGCUUUCUCAGGGAGAUGCCUUUCACAGUUUGUAGUAGAUUUUUUGGUAAGGAUAUUAUCUUUUGUAAUGAUACUUUGAUAACACGGUGCCUCGUGCUGCCACAGA